AGGGCCGGGAGCCGAGCCUCCUGUUCAUUAGCAGUUGAGAAAAAUUCCUUUCUAGUUUGAUCAAUCCUUGUUUUCCUCGGCAGAGCCGGGGCGCCCGCCCAGCGCGGAGACGGAGAGCGGGGUCUCUCGCGGCGGGGGCGCCCGGCGCCGGGCCUCGGGGGAGCGCAGAAGUAGCGACGAGGGGGUCAGGCCGGAGCACCGACGGGGCUUCUUCUCCCUCCCUUUCUGGUUGGUUUUUUUUUUUCCACUUCUCUCCCUCCCCCUUCCGUUUCUAUUUGUGAAGGGAGGAGGAAGGCAGAGGCGGGCUGGUGUCUCUGGCCGGGGACUGGAAUUUCAUCUGAAUGACUGCCCCUGCGCUCACGCAGUGCCCCGGAGUCGGCCCGCCUGCGCCCCGCAGCCCGCACCCGCAGACGGCCGGCCAGCCGGGGGGCGCCCGCGCCGCGGCCCGGGGACCGGCUUGCCUCGCCCUCCUGGUCCGGAUCUAGCAGUCCUUGGCGCGGCCGCACUCGCUUCUCCGGCCUCUCAGACCCUGGACGAGGCGAGGGAGGCGCGGCGCCGGCGAGCCAGGAGAGUGCCACCAUUGCCGCCGCCGUCGCUGGAGGAAGUGUGCGGCUCCCGGGCUCUGUCCGCCUUGGGGCGCGCCCCAAUGUCAGCCGCGGGGCCGAGUGCAGGCCGUGGGCCGCCGCUGCCCUAGCCGAGCCGAUCGGGAGGCGGCCUCUUAUAUGGAAUUUGGACCCCGGCACUCCCCUCCAGGGCUGGUGCCCCGGCCGCGGCCCUGGCGCAGUCCGCGGUCUCCCGCUAGGCGCUCGGGAGGAGGAGGAGGAGGAGACGCAGCCGGCUGCGCGCGCUGCGUGAGGACCGAGGCUCCCUCCUCUGGGGGGCGGGCGCGCGGAAGGCGCUGGUGACUGAGCGACUCUCGGGGCCGCCGGGGCCCGGAGCUCGGGGCUUGGUGGGCCUGUAGUGGCACCGGACGGACCCCCAGAGUUUGGGAGUUGGGGAGACUUGCCCGGGCCCCCUGCCCGCAGCCGCUAUGGCGGAGAAUUGGAAGAACUGCUUCGAGGAGGAGCUCAUCUGCCCCAUCUGCCUGCAUGUCUUCGUGGAGCCGGUGCAAUUGCCGUGCAAACACAACUUCUGUCGGGGCUGCAUUGGCGAGGCGUGGGCCAAGGACAGCGGCCUGGUGCGCUGCCCAGAGUGCAACCAGGCCUACAACCAGAAGCCGGGCCUGGAGAAGAACCUGAAGCUCACCAACAUCGUGGAGAAGUUCAACGCCCUGCACGUGGAGAAGCCGCCGGCGGCGCUGCACUGCGUGUUCUGCCGCCGUGGCCCCCCGCUGCCGGCGCAGAAGGUCUGCCUGCGCUGCGAGGCGCCCUGCUGCCAGUCCCACGUGCAGACGCACCUGCAGCAGCCCUCCACCGCCCGCGGGCACCUCCUGGUGGAGGCGGACGACGUGCGGGCCUGGAGCUGCCCGCAGCACAACGCCUACCGCCUUUACCACUGCGAGGCCGAGCAGGUGGCCGUGUGCCAGUACUGCUGCUACUACAGCGGUGCGCAUCAGGGACACUCGGUGUGCGACGUGGAGAUCCGGAGGAAUGAGAUCCGGAAGAUGCUGAUGAAGCAGCAGGACCGGCUGGAGGAGCGAGAGCAGGACAUUGAGGACCAGCUGUACAAACUCGAGUCAGACAAGCGCCUGGUGGAGGAGAAGGUGAGCCAGCUGAAGGAGGAAGUGCGGCUGCAAUACGAGAAGCUGCACCAGCUGCUGGAUGAGGACCUGCGGCAGACGGUGGAGGUCCUGGACAAGGCCCAGGCCAAGUUCUGCAGCGAGAACGCAGCGCAGGCGCUGCAUCUUGGGGAGCGCAUGCAGGAGGCCAAGAAGCUGCUGGGCUCCCUGCAGCUGCUCUUCGACAAGACGGAGGACGUCAGCUUCAUGAAGAACACCAAGUCUGUGAAAAUCCUAAUGGACAGGCCCCUUCAGCACACCGGUGCCCUUCCUGCAGAGCGUCCCCCUGUACCCUUGUGGUGUGAGCAGCUCUGGGGCGGAAAAGCGCAAGCACUCGACGGCCUUCCCCGAGGCCAGUUUCCUAGAGACGUCGUCGGGCCCCGUGGGCAGCCAGUAUGGGGCAGCGAGCACAGCCAGCGGCGAGGGCCAGUCAGGGCAGCCCCUGGGCCCCUGCAGCUCCACGCAGCACUUGGUGGCCCUGCCGGGCGGCGCCCAACCAGUGCACUCAAGUCCUGUGUUCCCCCCAUCGCAGUAUCCCAAUGGCUCCGCCGCCCAGCAGCCCAUGCUCCCCCAGUAUGGGGGCCGCAAGAUUCUCGUCUGUUCUGUGGACAACUGUUACUGUUCUUCCGUGGCCAACCAUGGCGGCCACCAGCCCUACCCCCGCUCCGGCCACUUCCCCUGGACAGUGCCCUCACAGGAGUACUCACAUGCGCUCCCGCCCACACCUUCCGUCCCCCAGUCCCUUCCCAGCCUGGCGGUCAGAGACUGGCUCGACGCCUCCCAGCAGCCUGGCCACCAGGAUUUCUACAGGGUGUAUGGGCAGCCGUCCACCAAACACUACGUGACGAGCUAACGCUACGCGGGCGGUGGGGCGCUGGGGAAUCUCCCCGCCUCAGCCCCCAGUGGCUCGGGAAUGACGCAUCCAGAGACCUGCCCUUCUACCUUCCUGUCCUCCCUCCCUUCCUCCUUCAUUUCUCCAAGUCUUUUCCUUUUGGAUUUUGUUUUGUUUGGGGCUUGUUUUGAUUUUUUUUUUAUCACGAAUCUCCUGGACUCGGAGGUGACAGUGGGAGCUGGCCUGGGCCGGGGCUGCAGGUGGCUCUGGAGUUGGGAAAGCGUCUACCUCAAGGCGCUGAGCUCUCUCUCUCUGUCUCUCCUUUUUUCUUCCACUCCUUCCCCUACCCACCCCCGUGGCUGGAAGGAGCCUCAGCUUCCCCUAAAGCCUUGGGGGUAGGGGCAGUUUCCAACUCUCCUCAGCCAGCCCUGGGAGGAGGGACCAGUGUCCACUGGCCUGCUUCUCCUCUUGUUUUUCUUUUGGGCAGUUUGAUCACUGACUAAAUAAGGAAAGACCUGUAGAUUGUGGGGCUUUUUUUUUUUUUUAAUUUUUUUUAAAACCAAGAAUGAUUUCUCCUGCUUCCUUCUCACCAUCCUCCCAGACGGAGUUCAAAGGCCACUUCUCAAGCAGCGUUUGGCACCUUCAGCCUCAGAAUGGAAUCUUAAAGACAGGAACCCCCAUGUCCAGGAAAGGGGAAAGGAACCUUGCCAAUGAUAGUGACCACAGCAAAAGCAAAUAAUAAUAAUAUUAAUAAUAAUAAAGAGAAAUAAAAGAAAUAAUAAAAUAAAAAAACAUAGCACAGCCCUUGUUGAGGUCAGCGGGAGAGGAGGGGCUGCCCGGAGUUGGGUCCUUGCCUGGAUUUUGACACAGCGACUUCCUGUAGUGAGCACUUUGUAUGAAUCGUGGACUUCCUGUUCUCAAGGCGCAGGUAUUUAUUCUGUAAUCUGUCUAGAGCACACACCGAAAUCCAACCUUCUAAUAAACAUAAUGGCGCAGUCCCA